AUGGCUGUUUUGGUGUAUGUGUAUGACAUACUCUUAGCUAGUAGUGACAGUUCUAUUGUCCAGACCAUUAAAGAAUCUUUGAGUGUAUAUUUCAAAUUGAAGGAUUUAGGUCCUGUCAAAUAUUUCCUAGGAUUGGAAAUUGCUAGAUCAAAAAAGGGAAUUUCUAUUUGCCAAAGGAAGUAUGCACUAGAAUUAAUUUCUGAUGUUGGGUUGUUAGCUUCUAAGCCAGUUAGCUUUCCUAAGGACUCCCGUUGUAAACUUUCAAAAUCUGAUGGAGAGUUGAUUGAAGACACAACUACCUACAGAAGACUUAUAGGCAAGUUAUUAUAUUUUACUCAUACAAGGCCAGAUAUCACUUACUCAAUUCACCUUUUGAGUCAAUAUUUGGAAUCUCCUCAGGUUCCUCAUAUGCAAGUUGCUCUCAGAAUACUCAGAUAUGUAACGAUGGCACCAGGUCAAGGUAUUUUCCUUCCAGCUUUAUCUCAAGUUCAUUUAAAGGCUUUUGCUGAUUUGGAUUGGGCAAGCUGCCCUAAUAUAAGAAGAUCUAUAUCUGGCUAUUGUGUAUUUCUUGGUGAUUCAUUAAUCUCUUGGAAAUCAAAGAAACAAACCACUGUCUCAAGGUCAUCUGCAGAAGCUGAAUAUAGGUCUAUGGCCUAUGUAGUUUGUGAGUUAACAUGGUUAAAGACUCACUGA